ACCCUUUUCUAGAUAAUGGGCCAGCUGGUAAGAAUUGAGAAGUUAUCGAUCUCUGGAAAUAUGUUAUUGUCCUUGCCCGAGACUAUUGACAGCUUGCGCAAUUUGUCAUUGCUUAAUGUGUCUAACAACAAGUUGAAGUAUCUACCUGAAUCAGUUGGGAGCUGCUUUUCUUUGGAAGAACUGCAAGCAUAUGAUAAUCUUAUCGAAGAACUUCCUGCAUCUGUUUGCAAUCUUGUUCACUUGAAGUCACUUUGCUUAAACAAUAACAAAGUCACCCAGAUUCCUCCUAAUUUAUUGAAAGACUGCAAAGCUCUUCAGAAUAUCGCGCUUCAUGACAAUCCUAUUUCAAUGGAUCAGUUUCAGCGAAUGGAAGGGUUCCAAGAAUUCAAAGGAAGAAGGAAGAAGUUUGACAAGCAAAUUGAAUCAAAUGCCUAUCCCUAA